CAUGGUCCAGUCCGUGGAAUAUGAUCAUACGGCCAGUAUUGAGUGCCUCCGUGAUCCGAUGAAGCCCCUCUAUAAGGGCGGCAUCAUCCAGAACAGCGAGUUCAACAACGGCCUCAUGGGGUGGUCGACCUACCGGAACAUCAAGGCCGGCGUCGGCAAGUCGGCGUCCGGCAACCGGUUCGCCGUGGUGCAAGGCGCGAUCAGCUCCCUGUUCAGUGCCGCCGGCGAUGCAGCCGCCUUGCAGUCCCACAGCGUCUAUCAGAAAGUCCAGAUGCAGGGCGACACCCACUACUCGCUCUCAGGUAUGCAUAGAUCGGGGUUUCCUUCUCUUCUAUAUAUAUGCCCCAACUCGCUCCCCCUCUCUACCCUCUCACUUUUAUCUUUGUUUGGGUCGUGUAAUGACCUACUCCCUCCAUCUCAUAAUAUAAGAGUGUUUCCUCCGUUUCACUUUUAUCUUUGUUCGACCUCUGCACCAAAAUAUAAGAUGUUUUUGCAAUUUUAUUUGAACUAAAAACGUCUUAUAUUCUGGUAUGGAGGGAGUAGUAUGCUAUUUUUAUUGAGCAAUUAAUGGAAAGGUGCAGCCCAAUUAGAAAAAGAAGGUAUGCGCACAGAUCGAAGAUACUACGUACCGAAACCAAUGAUUUAAAUAGCGGGCUAUGAAAAAUAGCGGCGGGCCUUCAAAUCAGCUAUAGAGGAGCUAU